UGUUCUUUCGCCUGUUUUUUUCUUUUUCAAAUAAACAAUUACAUUUGAAAGGAAAAUUCUAAUAAAAUGCCCGGCUAUAUGGAUACCGAAAAUAAUGAUUGUGUGAUGCCAGUUCGAUCUGCUAAUCCGAUACGCGCAAAGAGUUUGAUACACGACAAUUUGGAGAAACAGUCUAGUAGUAGAAAUUCAUUACACUCUAGAAUGCCCAAUAUUAAAGUGUUUUCCGGAACAUCGCAUCCGGACUUGGCUCAAAGGAUUGUCGACCGAUUAGGCAUCGAAUUGGGCAAAGUAGUUACAAAGAAAUUUAGUAACUUGGAAACCUGUGUUGAAAUCAAUGAAUCAGUCCGUGGCGAAGAUGUUUACAUCGUCCAAUCUGGUUCCGGUGAGAUAAAUGACAAUUUGAUGGAGUUGCUGAUUAUGAUUAAUGCAUGCAAAAUUGCAUCAGCAUCCCGUGUAACAGCUGUGAUUCCUUGCUUCCCCUAUGCUAGGCAGGACAAGAAAGACAAGCUGGCUGGUGAUGGCGAAAAGCAACGUUCCAAGAACAACGAUUGGAAAUUUAGGAGUCGCGCUCCGAUAUCGGCGAAAUUGGUUGCCAAUAUGCUAUCAGUUGCUGGGGCUGAUCAUAUUAUUACCAUGGAUUUGCACGCAUCUCAAAUACAAGGUUUCUUCGAUAUUCCUUUUUUGUAGCUUUUUUCAUAUCGAAAAGUCAAAUUUAUCCGAAUAAUAUCAAUAAACGCCUGUCGUCACCGUUUUUGCAGAGUGACGUCUAUUGCUGAUCGCUUAAACGUGGAAUUCGCUUUAAUUCAUAAAGAGAGGAAAAAAGCUAACGAAGUCGCUUCAAUGGUACUGGUGGGAGAUGUCAAAGAUAAGAUAGCCAUAUUGGUUGAUGACAUGGCCGACACCUGUGGCACUAUUGUGCAUGCCGCUGAUCGUCUAGUCGAAGCAGGAGCUACAAAGGUUUACGCGAUCUUAACCCAUGGAAUCUUCAGUGGACCAGCUAUUUCACGUAUAAACAAUGCUUGCUUUGAGGCGGUAGUGGUUACUAAUACCAUACCACAAGACGGCCAUAUGCGAGACUGUCCUAAAAUUCAAUGCAUUGACGUUUCGAUAAUGUUCGCAGAGGCAGUGAGAAGAACACAUAAUGGCGAAAGUGUCUCAUAUCUCUUCUCCAAUGUUCCAUAUUAAAGAUUAAUACCAUACCUAUAUAGACGUACGCAUGUAACUACAUACAUACAUACACCUCAA